UUCUCUCGAUCCUUUUCUUCAACCAUAUUUGUCAUCAAUUGAUGAGUCCUUUGAUUUUCUUUACUGACAAACACUUAAAAUCUCUAAAGUGAAUAUGUAAGUCAAUCUUUUAUCUAUUUGAUUUCUAGGGUUUCAAUUUGGGGAUUCAGAUUGUGGAUUCUAAUUUGAAACUUUAGUAUCAUAGAUAAACAAUAUCAAUCAAUAAUUCAUUGUCAUUAAAAACUUCAAAGCCGUAGUUUAUUACAACUAACAACCAUGUUGAUUUACUGGUUUUCACAUGAAAUCCUUAAAUUUGAAAUUUUCAAACAUUAACUAGGCAGUUCAACUUCUUCUUACAGGAAAAUUGGUACCACCAUUGUUGGUCUCGUCAGCAAGGUAGAAGUUGAACAAGAAAGAUCAAAGAUGGGUCAGGCAGGGUUACUUUGCUCCUUGCCCAUGCCUAUACACAACUUGAUUUUUGCUUUCAGUUUAUCAAAUCCAUGCUUUCAGAGUGUAAUUAUGAUAACGUUUGCAUUUUAGCUUUCUUUCUAAAUUUUCAAUUAAUUUCAUUUGCCGGGAAAGAAGAAAAGUCAGAAAAUUGUGAACUGUCAAAGUGGGUAGUGGAUAAAGUCAGUAAACCCGCAUUUUCUUAAAUUAAAUCGCAGCCAUACAAUACAGCAAAAUCCAUUGGCUAAGGGAGUCUGUGAGGACUCUGUCAUCCUAAGGCUGUGAGCAGAUCCUUCCCCUAAUAUGAAUUGGUUUGCUCCCCACUUAAAUGGGUACCUGCCUUUAGCAAUUACCACAAAAUUAGCCUACGUCGGUAUCUUUUUGAUCCACCAGCCACAACCCCUUGCCCCAAUAAAGGUCUACAGGAUACAACUCAGUCAAACAGAAAGUUCAGCUAAUAAUAACUAAUGCUCAACAACCUGUACUUUAUUCUAAUUUUUAAACAAGUCCCUAAUUCUCUGCAAGGGCCUAAAGUUAAAAAGUUAACAUUCUUUUCAAAAAUUUUAAAAUUUUAAAACCAAAAUUUUGGGCACUUUCCCCUUUGGCGCUACUUUUUCACCAAAAUUGAAUCCCAAAUUUUAAAUAUUUCAAAAUUUGAAACUGAAAAUUGAAAAUUUAGGGUUUUCAAAUAGUCCAAUAAUUCAACUGCUCCCCCCAAAAAACAAGUCUGUAAAAAAAAAAAACAAAAAAACCCUAGAAAAAUAUUCUGGUCCAGAGUUUCAGAAGAGUUCAGCGAAUCAAACACUACUGAUUCUGUAGAUUCAAUGGCUCAAGCUGAAAGGCUUGGUUUGCGAAUGCAAAAGGAACUUAAACUUCUUCUUUCUGAUCCACCUCAUGGUGUUUCUUUUCCUAUGGUUUCUGCUGAUCCAUCUGAGCUCCCUACUUCAUCCUCCUCAUCUUCCUCUUCUUCAUCAUCAUCUUCCUUGUCCACCAUUAACGCCAUGAUGGAAGGGCCUGAAGGAAGUGUAUAUGCAAAAGGGGUUUUUAGUAUCCAGAUUCAAAUACCAGAUCGAUAUCCAUUUCAACCACCAAAUGUGACAUUUUUGACUCCAAUUUAUCACCCUAAUAUCGAUAAUGGAGGACGGAUUUGUCUCGAUAUUCUUAAUCUUCCUCCCAAGGGUGCAUGGCAGCCAUCUUUGAACAUUUAUACUGUAAUAACUAGCAUAAGGUUGCUACUGAGUGAGCCUAAUCCUGAUGAUGGCCUAAUGUGCGAAGCAAGCAGAGAGUACAAGUACAAUAGACAAAUUUUUGACCAGAAGGCACGCUCCAUGACCGAAAGAUAUGCAAAGGCGGGCGGGGUAAUUGGAGGUAGUAGCGGUGGAAGAAACACUCCUAAAGAUAACCCAAGCAUGAUUGGAACUGAAGGAGUGAACCUAGAUUCUAGAAGUGUAGAAAAUGACGCCAGAAACAUAGAGAAUGAGAAGAAAACAAGUUGUAAGACAUUAGGGGUCAGGAGGAAGUUGUCCUUGGAAACAUCGGUUGCACCUCAGGUUAGUAAUAGUGACGACAAAGUAAAUGUACAACAUAAGCACAAGCUAUCCCUCUCGCUGUCUCAAAGUCUUUCAAGUGUCAGUUCAUCCAAAUUGUUGGCUGUGGGGCAGGAUGAUAAUCAUCUUGAACAACCAUCUCAUCAAGUACAUCCCAGCAUUAUUGGGAGUUCACAGAAGCUCUCUGUCACUAAGCGGAAGUUGUCAAUGGAGUCGUUAGGUCGCCCAAAGAGUAAGGAUGAUGAUGUUAAGGAGAGUACAGCAUUCCAUCGCGAUUCAUCUCUUUCUCACUCUGAAAUCCCUUCCAAUCCUCCCACGAAAUCUCAUUGGCCGCAGGUAACUGACCAUGUUGAACAGCAACCUGAGCAAGGUUUUGAAAGUAAAAUUGAAGAUGCACCCGCUAAUGUGAGCAGUAAUAAGAAGCAGCGUGCGCUCAAAAAAAUGUUGCCUGUUGAAGUUUCCAGUUCUCCUCAGUACUCAAAUGCUGAUGGCAUAGAAGAUUUGUUAUCGAACAGCCACAGGACUACACUGGGAAGCCUAGAUACAAAUUCAUCCAAUACCUUAAUGCCAACAUCUGACGAAUUUGAAGAACAACAGACUUAUCAAGAUCAUGGUGGAGGAUCAGGAACUAAAAGUGGAACAAGUAGUCAAAGAGAACAACGUCGAUUUGGUCGAAAACUUUCUCUUGGAAUGUCAGGCCUAACCAGGAGGGACAACUUUGAUAAUAAGGAGAAUAUACCUCCAAAUCAGAAUUCAUCAUCCACAGACUCUAAAAGCCUUUCUAUUAGUUCUUCAGCGAAGUCCCCAAAACCACGUACUAGAAAACGUGGUAAUGAACAACUUCACCAAGACAGUGUAAAGAAAACAGUGUCCAAGAAGCAACGAAAAGAGGAUCUUCCUGAUGCCGAAGCAGUGGUAGUGUUGGACAGUGAAGACAGUGAAGAGGAAGGUAAGGGCGUUAAAAGGUCUAGACUGUCACUUUCUCGGAAACGUUUGGUGGGAAAAAAGCUGAAGUAGCCAUGAAUAUGAAUCCUCUCAGGUUAAGCUUUCUCAAUGUAAAUUCUGUUUUCAGACUUUUCUUGUCACUAUUUUGAUGUCUGAUUCCUAAUUGUGAACUGCACAGCAAAAAACCUUGAGCAUCAGAGUUUCUGCAGAACUCCGAGAAACAAGGUUUUUGUUCACUAGUAGAAAAUUGUAAGUGUUCAUUGUCAGAUAUAGUAUAUCCUGAUAACUUUUGACCUGU